ACAGUGGGUCCCGACGAGGAACUCAUUUACUUUAUUUUCUCCCUCCAUCCUACACCGACUCCGAGAAGAUGGUAGAGUCCACUUCCGGGUUUCCCCCCGCCCCCCAACGCCGCUGCCGGAAAUCUCGUGAUGGAGGGAGGAGGAGGUACACACCCGGGAACACGUAAAGAAGAAAGUCAGUCAGGACAUGCUCUGCCUACAAGUCUUGAAGCCAACGGCUUGAAGAAGAGCAGUUGGGGAUUCUUAGUUACUGGGGUUGUUGGGGGAACACUGGUGGCCGUGUAUGCCGUGGCCACCCCAUUUAUAACACCCGCCCUCCGAAAAAUUUGUUUGCCUUUUGUACCUGCAACCACAAAGCAGAUCGAAAAUGUUGUGAAAAUGUUGCGAAGCGGAAGAGGACCGCUGGUGGACAUUGGUAGUGGCGACGGACGGAUUGUGAUAGCAGCUGCAAAGGAAGGGUUCACAGCUGUUGGUUAUGAGUUAAACCCGUGGCUGGUCUGGUACUCCAGAUACCGCGCGUGGCGAGAAGGGGUGCAGGACCUGGCCAAAUUUUACAUUUCAGAUUUGUGGAAGGUUACUUUUUCGCAGUACUCAAACGUUGUUAUUUUUGGGGUGCCUCAGAUGAUGCCGCAGUUGGAGAAGAAACUUGAGCUUGAACUUGAGGGUGAUGCUAGAGUCAUCGCUUGCCGGUUCCCUUUCCCGCACUGGACCCCGGACCAGGUCACCGGAGAGGGGAUAGACACCGUGUGGGCAUAUGACAUGAGCUCGUUCAGAGGAAGGGAAAAGAGGCCCUGAAGGUCGAUGCAGUUUUGUCGGUUGUUCAAACAUAAAAUUUACUGAGAGUGUUUUUCUGAA